AUAAUGGCUGAAAAGAAAGAUAUGCUGUCGAGCACUGUAGAAGAACCUCUCGACCUUAUCAAAUUAAGUUUAGACGAACGGGUCUAUGUGAAGAUGCGUAACGAUAGAGAAAUACGAGGUCGACUUCAUGCUUAUGACCAACAUCUGAAUAUGAUUCUUUCCAAUGUUGAAGAAACGGUUACAACUUCCGAAGUUGAUGAAGAGUCGUUUGAGGAGAUCUAUCGGCAAACGAAAAGGAACAUCCCUAUGUUGUACGUGCGCGGUGAUUCGGUGAUUCUUGUUUCUCCACCUGCCCGGGCCUCAUAA